GAGAGAAAAAGACACACAUUUAAUAAAAGGUGAACACAUUUAGGAAAUAAUCUUGUUGCUUUUUUCUGCCUGGACCCCCUGCCCCCCCCCAAAACCAAACAGAGUAAGCUCUUUAAUAACUGGAGAAGAGGCCACACUUCACAGGCAGGGUUGGCUGGUUCAGCUAUGUCCCAUCACUUCCAGGUGGUGCGUGCCCAGCCAGAGAGCAGGUCGCAAGAGCCGGGCCAGUGGAGCACAGGCCUGUGUGACUGCUGGCAAGACAUGGGAGACUGCUGUUUGGCGCUGUGUUGUCUCCCAUUGUUUACCUGUAAAGUGACGUGUGCGGUAGGAGCCUGCCCCUGCCUGCCCUUACUGGACUGUGUCAGCUGUGCAGCGCCCGCCUCCCUCGCCAUGCGUGCUUCUGUCAGGGAACGCUACGGCAUCGAGGGGGGCAUAUGGAGCGACUGCUUCUACGGAUGCUGCUGCUACCCUUUAUCUUGGCUCCAGAUCUCGCGAGAGCUCAAGAGACGCGCUGCGACCCGCGCCGGUGCAGCCAGAUACACCGCCCUGACUUCCCUGCAGGGGGAGCACAUGAUCUGAACAAACGCUCCCGCCGUUAGGAGGACGCGCCUGGGCUGCGUGGCGCACAAGUUUGCAUGGUAACCUCAA